CUGGCUGUUGCAGCUUUUUCACAUUCACCCCAUUGGUGGUGAGGACUUUUUCCACUGAGAACUUCCUGUGAAAUCUCACUGCCCCUGUGGGGCUCCUCAGCAUUGAGAGGGGCCUGGUGCUGGAGAAGCCCUGAGGUGCCUGGGAAGACUUUCCCACCCUCCCCGCCGGUGGAAGGCACCCAAGAUGAGAAGAAGCAGCACCUGGUCACAAACGAGGCCCUGGGCGGCCGAAAGACUACAUUACCCAGAAAGCAAUGCGCUCAAGUCAGCGGAGGAUAUGAACUUUGAGGACGUGGCCAUUGCCUUCUCCGAGGACGAGUGGGGGCUCCUUGAUGAGCCUCAGAGACUUCUGUUCUGCGAUGUGAUGCUGGAAGUGUUUGCACUUGUGUCAUCUGCAGGUUGUUGGCAUAAAACAGAUGAUGCGGAGGCCUGUUCUGAGCAGAGUGUAUCUGUACAAGGGGAGUCACAGGUUGGUGCUUCUGAGACAGAGCCAGCAUCCCAGAGGACCCAUCUCUGUGGGAAGUGUUUCUCUGUGUUAAAAGACAUUCUGCACCUGACUGAGUCACAAGCAGCAGACUUUGAGCAGAAAGCCUUCUUCAGUGACGCGUGUGUGAGAGACUUCUGUUUCAGUGCAAACCCUCACCAGCAGCAGAGGGAAGCCAGUGGAGAGAAGCCCUGGAAAGAAGCUGUGGACAGGGCCUCGUUUGUGACCAGGUGCAGCUUCUACUUAUCUUGGGUGCAUUCACCCAAUAAGGAGGUUGGGGAAGACUUGCCAGCCAUCUCAGAGCUUCUCGAGCAUCAGGCCCCUCUCAACACUGAGGAGCCACACAGUGGCAGUGAGAUUUCACAGGAAUUUCUCAGUGGAGAAAGUCUGCACCAGUGGGAUGAAUGUGACAAAGCUGCCGGCCACACCCAGAAAGUUGUUCCUCAGAGUGUCUGCUCCGGAGAAGUGAAUUAUGAGUGUAACAAAUGUGGGAAAGUUUACAGACGAAUCUCUAACCUCAUUCGGCAUAGGAGAGUUCACACUGGAAAAAAACCCUUUGAGUGUACGGAUUGUGGGAAGGCCUUCAAUCAAAGGUCUUACUUUACUAGACACCUCCGAGUUCACAGUGGAGAAACGCCCUAUGAGUGUAGUGAUUGUGGGAAGUCAUUUAGACAGAUCUCUACCCUCAGUCGGCACUAUAGAAUUCACACUGGAGAAAAGCCUUUUGAAUGUAGUGAUUGUGGGAAAUCAUUUAGACAGAGCUCUACCCUCAUUCGACACAAGACAGUUCACACUGGUGAGAAACCCUUUGAGAUAGAACCCAUGUAUUAUGUGCAAAACACUUUAGCAAUCGGAUUUCCCCUGUCAUGA